AUGUUAGAUUGUAAGCCAUCUGAUACUUCCCUAGUGCCGAAGUCAACUUUUGCGAAUGGUGAAAGAUUUCAUGGCCCUUAUCGUGAACUUGUAGGUGCUUUGCUGUACCUAUCUAUGACAACUCGUCCUGAUAUUCUGUUUUCUGUGAAUUGUCUGAGUCAAAUACAAGAGCAACCCACUAACAGUGCUUGGGCUGGUCUGAAGCAAAUUCUUCGUUAUUUAAAAGGGACAUCUGAACUCAAAUUAUUAUUUUCUAAAUCUAAUAGUGCUGAUAUUAUGUUAAAUGUUUAUGUUGAUACUGAUUGGGGGUCAGAUACAUAUGAUAGAAAAUCUAUUUCUGGGUAUAUUAUUUUCUUUAAUGAUUGUCCUGUGACUUUGUUAAAAAGCAAACAUCUAUUGCUCUGUCCUCUACUGAGGCAGAAAUUUUGGUUAAGCAAAAGCUAUCCAGGACCUAACUGUAUUUUAUAA